CAAACUCCCGCACUUGUAUAAUCUUUCAUUGGGCGCAGAUAAAACCCUAUUUUCACUGCUAGUUCCGAAUACACAACGCAAAAUCGUGUGUGUUCAAUCGCAAAAUCUCAGUUCCGUGUGAUCUUGUAUAGAGAGAUUACAAGUUAUGGAUCACACGGCGGAGCAAGAUCAAGAGCACGAAGUCUACGGCGGAGAGAUACCGGAUGAAGGAGAGAUGGACACUGAUUUCGAGAUGUCGAGAGACGAAGCGGAGGACGUUGACAACAAUAGCUCCAAGGAUUUGGAGGAUAUGAAGAAGAGACUGAAGGAAAUUGAAGAAGAGGCAGGGGCGCUUCGUGAAAUGCAGGCCAAAGUUGAGAAAGAGAUGGGCUCAGUUCAAGAAGAUCCUUCUGGUGCAACUGCUACACAAGCUGAGAAGGAAGAAGCUGAUGCUCGUUCGAUAUACGUCGGUAAUGUAGACUAUGCAUGUACACCAGAGGAAGUUCAGCAGCAUUUUCAGUCAUGUGGAACAGUCAACAGGGUGACAAUUUUAACAGACAAAUUCGGUCAACCAAAAGGUUUUGCAUACGUGGAAUUUGUUGAACUUGAAUCUGUUCAGAAUUCUUUGCUGUUGAAUGAAUCAGAAUUGCAUGGGCGUCAACUCAAGGUUGCUGCUAAAAGAACAAAUGUUCCUGGGAUGAAACAAUUCAGAGGGAGGCGCCCCAGUCCUUACCUUGGAUUCCGUUCACGAAGGCCUUACAUGGCUGGCCCACCAAUGUUUCCUCCAUAUGGCUACGGAAGGAUUCCGAGGGCUAGGAGGCCAAUGUGGUACAGACCAUAUUGAUUGAUGACGUGGAGUGGAAUUAUUAUAAUAGACAUUUUUUUUUUUGUUAUGUCUUUCAUGUAUUAUUAUUUUCGCCAAAAACUUGUGAUGUACUUUGAUAUUUUACAUCAUCAUCUACAUAGCCAAAGAAAGGGUGGUUAAAAGAUUUUAUUAGUGUUUGUUAUAAUAGUUCAACAGAUGAUAUGAGAGAUUUUUGCCAAAUA